CAGAGUGAAAUCCAAGGACCACCAUCCACUGAGAUUCUUCUGGAAAAUAAACAAUCUACAAUCUGCCUCUCACCAUCACGAGCACCUAAAAGAGGAGCUUGGAGUGUGAAGAGAUGCUUUAGCUGUGAAUUCUUUGAAAAUAUGGAUACAGUUCUCGGUCGGUCUUGCAGUUGAGCCAAACAAUCACUGGUGUGAGUCAAGCUCUGAUUUUUCCUCUCACUCUCCCAAGCCACCACAAACCCAUAUCUCAACACAUGGAGGGUUCUGUUCUGACAGAAAGUGAAGUUUGGAAAGCUGGUUCAGGGACCAACUCAAGUUUAAACACUGAUGACAGAAGAAUUGACUAUUCACCCCUUAUGAGUGACACAGUAAGUGACGAAAACCUAACCAAAGCAUCUGAAAACCCUGGAACCACAGUACACAAGGGUAUCUGCAGCACCAUCCAAGAAGAGUCAGAACCAGAGAUUUCACCAGAUCAGAUCAAGUCUUUAAUUCCACAUGAGCAGCGAUUAGAACAGGAUGUAUCCUCCACUCAAACAGCAGUCAAGAGUGAUGAACCUUCAGAGCCAAUGUGCCAACAAGAGAGGAGUGUUAACAAAGAAGAAGAACCACCAAGAAAGACUGAACAACAAGAGAGGAGUGUUAACCAAGCAGAAGAACCACCAAUUAAGACUAAACUACAAGAUCUUGAGCAGGGUAUUCACCAGGAAAUCACAAUACUGGUAACCAAUCAUGACUCUUCUUUGGAAUCUGAGGAAGAUGAGGAUUUUGGGGAAGAGAAGACUUCCAGCUCCCCUACUGAACCUGAGACACCAACUGAGGUUGGAGGACCAACUGAGGAUGAAAGUCUGAAUGGUUCCAUCCUUGUGGCGAACAUUAUCGAGGUCAGCCAAAUCCAGAAGACAAGAAUUAGUUUUAGUGAAGCUGAAGGGCCAAAUUUGCCUGGAGGUCAGGCACAAGAGGACAAUGAGAACUGUAAGAGUGAGAGCAGCAAUGGGACAAACUCAGAACAAACCCAACACGAAAACAAGCAAAGCACAGGUUCAAGUCCCCCAACAAAAACAGACUCAAGCUGCACACAAGCUAGCACAAAAGCUGAACCUAGAGCCUUAGUAAAUGUGAAUGACAGUGAUCUGAACGACCAGCCAAUGCAGUCUGAGGUUGCAGAAGUAAGUGCAAGACUGAAUAAAAUCAAAUCUACAGAAUCCAGAGAUUCUGGGUGGCUCUCUCAAGAGGCCGCUUUGAGUCGCUCACCAGGACGCCAACAGCAUGUGCAAACUCAGGUCAGUCUUGAGGUGAUGUAUCAGUCCGUGGCCACCAGCCCCAUGACCCCUCCUGAGGGUGCUGCUACAUUCAUUUUUCCCUCCUCCUUUGGGAAGCUGGCCAACAAGUGCAGUACAGAUGAGGCACAGACCAUAGAGAGAAAAGAUGCUGAGUUGCAGGUGGGCUUGAAGGUGGAAUCUCGUUCAGUCGCCACAGCUCCCAUGAGUCCCGUCAUUCUGACUGCACCUGAAGUGAUCCCGGAGCCAGAACCACGACCAGGGGUGGCCGCAGAAGAAGUGCCAGAACCUGUGCCAGAAGUGAGCUGGGAUGAAAAGGGGAUGACUUGGGAGGUGUACGGUGCAGUGGUAGAGGUGGCAGUGUUGGGUACAGCCAUUCAAAAACACCUGGAGAAACAGGUGAAAAAAUAUGAGAACAAACCUUCAGACUUGCACACUCUGACAGAUGUUCCACACAUGGACCCAACAGAAAUACCUGCGUUGACCCCUUCCAGUCCUCCUCCUACAUCAGAACCCAGAGAAACCAGUCAAGCCAAAGUACAAAGCAAGAAUAAAGAAGAAAAGAAAGUCACAAGGGGCAGGCGUCGACAGAAUCCUUUUCGUCAGUGGUCUAGGAAUGUGCGGCGGCCUAGCUGUUGCUCCAGACCACGUCAAGAUGAGGAAAAUUAAGGAAAAAAUGACACACAAUCUAAAGGCUCACAUUCACAUUUGCACAGCGAAUUUCCAUAGACGAAAUGCAGUCAUCUCAAAGGGAUUCUGCGCAAUCAAGAAUUUCGCCUGAUGGAAUUCCGGUGGUGAAGACAUUUGCCCAAGUAAAUUUUAUGUGGGGUUCAAGUUUGCAAACAUUGAUCAAUAAAAAGUUGCUUGGUUUGGCAGUGAGCUCUAUGUGGGUGGUCCUUCGUACAUAGCACAUGAAGGUUUCACACAUGCUUUUCAUCUUCCCAUGCCUUCUCCGACAUUGAAAAAUAGCCAUGCAAUUGAGCCAUUAUGAUGGCACUAAUCAGACAAUCUCCCCCAAAUUUGCCUUUAGUGAUAACCUGUUGCAUGGUUUGGUUUUGUUCAAUGAUAAGCCCCUUUAACAUUCCCUACUAGGAGUACUUUCUUUACAGAGCACUUUAAGUCUUCUGUAAAGACUCGAAUGGACACUGAACUACAGGAAGCCUCCCAUAUGGAUAUACAUUAUCAACAAUAAAUACCAUUUUAGUUGGGGUUGUUUUCAUCCACUAUUAACAAAUAUAGUCGUCUUAAUUUCUACUUGCUUUCUGGUUAUUUUGAAAUGGCACUAACCAGCUUUGUUGCUUUGAGUGUUUUUCUCUUUUUCGCUUCUGUCAAGAUCUUGUUAACCAGAUGUCAGUAAGGAUCACUUUUAAAGUGACGUUUUACUUAUAAAAGUUCUACACAAGUAAUAUGACCUUGAUGAAUAUGAAUUUCUAGUAUCUAACAUGUAAAUAUAAAUUCAUAUAUAUUUCAGGACCAGUAGAGUAGAUUUAUAGAGCGACAGAACAAAGUACUGAGAUUUGCCAAAAAAAAUCCCAAAAAGAUUCCUUGUGUUUCAAUCAACAAGUAAAUGAUGUCUCUGAUUCUUCAACAGUGAAAUGUUUGGUGUUCUUCAUGAGUUUAAGAGUAUCUCUUUUCUAAUUGCUUUUGUACAAUCCUGUAAUUUUUUAUGGAUAUGUCUUGUAUUAGCAGUUUAUCUCAGCACACCAGUAACAAACACACCUUGAAGCCUUAUGUUCCUUGCAGUGUUUUGUGACUAUUGUGAUAGAUGUAAUGUGAAAGAAUUUUUAAAUUAAAUCCAUGUCUACAAGGGAAAAGCAAAAACUCACCUGUUAUUGAGAACGUGGACACUGUUGUUGGAAAUUACAUGACAACGUUUAUUUUAAUAUUAUAGCAAAAUUUAGAGAAGUACAGACAGUUUAAGAUAUCUACACCCUGGCGACCAAACUGGCUUAGCAAGAUCUGAGGUCUUUAUUUGCUUGCUUUGAUUUGACUCAGACUUAUGCCAAGUAGGAUUGUCCCAGGUAACAUUUGGCAGGAUUCAUAAGCAUUAUAAUUCUGUAGAUUCACUGUAAAUUUGUUUCUGUUGAUGCAGUUCUUGUUCUUCUUAACCAUUUCAACUUGUUUCAUUUUCUUCAAUGACAGAAAUUAUAAAAAUAAUAAAAACAAUUUGUUUUUAAAAAAUGAAAAGUGCAUCAUCUUGAGUUCCAUUCUAUACGGCAGAAUAUAAGAUGAAUGAUUAAGUUUAACUUAUUAGAGAUUCCAAGAGUUCUGUCAUUGAAACAAAUAUGCUAUGGAAAAUGACAUCGGACUUCAAACAUGCUUUAAUUACUGCUUUUUUUAUAGUGUCAUGAAAAUAGUUAAUUUCCAUCCCCAAAGCUUGUUUACCUUUCUUCUCACAAAACUUGUUCAUUUAAAAGUGCAUUAUGGGCCCUCCAAUGCACUUUGGAAUUGUUGAACCAUAAUUAUAUUGACUGAUUGACUGAAGUCAUUGGUCAACUCUAAAGAUAUCGAAGUUUGGGUGUAGACAUGUAUAGAA